AUGAAUGGAGUUAAUGUCAAUGGUACGGAAGAAAAGUAUGGAUUGGAAAAUGAAGGUCGUAACCAAAGUUCAUCAUUGCAUCAGGUACCGAAAAUAGAACAAAUACCCACAGUAUUAUUAGAUUCUGCGGGAUGUGUUCAUGGUUUUAUUACACCAACAGAAGCAGAGAACCGCUUGCGAAAAUGCGAUUUCAGUGGGGCACUGAUUUUGCGAGCUGAUCAACCUUUAUUUCCACCAAAUUUUCGCCUUUCUUGGCUGUCGCCAUCCAGUCAUUCAGUUAUACAUUUUCCCAUUACUCGAGUUUGCGGAGAAUACUUCUUGUUUGGAAAACCAUUCACUACUAUAUAUGAUCUCAUCCAAACAUUUAUUACGGAAUCACAGACAAGAGUGCUACAGUUGCAACCACCUUCACCUAUAAAGUUAUUAAAUCGUCAGAGGAUAGUCAUACUUCCAUUUUAUGGUAUGCUUAAUACGGAUGAAAUAAGUUUUUGUGAGGGUGACUUGUUAACGGAAAUUCAACGAGUGGAUAGCGAUUGGCUCUGGGCAAGACUACAAAAAAAUGGAAAGUCCGGACUUGUUGCUGUACAGCUUACUAUUCCAUUAAGUGAUAAGAAUAUGAAAGCUGAAGAGUUACCCUAUUUUCAUGAUGAACCAGUUAAUGUGCUUAUGAAACAGCUUACUCACUUUGGAAGUGGUUGCUACCUUCAACGACGUUCGACUGCAUAUUUUAAUUCGUAUACGCUUAUGGUGAAUACCGGUGCACACAUAAGGAAAUUUCAAAUAGAACAAACACGAGAAGGUAAUUUCGAAAUUGAAGAUCGAGUUUUUUCAACAAUUCCGGAUAUUAUUGAAAAGUAUACAGGAGAAGAAAUCUGUGAGGGAUUUUCUCUUAUGAGGGCAAUACUUACAAAUACAAAUGAAAAGAACAUAGGGAAAAAAGUGGAUAAUACAUUCCAUUGUCUUAAUGGUGCUAAUGUUUGUACGAAGACAGUUUUAGAAGCAAAUGCAUAUCGACGAUGUAAAAAAGAUAAGUGGAAAAGCUGCUGUGCGAUACUGAAUGACUCGACUGGUUCCCAGUUGUAUAUUUCAUGCCAUGAUAAGAAAACAAAGCCAAAAUUGAUUUUGGAUCUCAAUUUUUGCUUUGUUUAUAAGAUUCCGGAUGAAUCAUUUGGUCGAAACAAUUGUUUGCUGGUUGCUCUAAAUCGUCUGGAUGUUUAUCCAUCAGUAUGUUUGUCAUUCGAAAAUGAGGGCAUUCAUUUAAAGUGGUUUUAUGCUUUGCGACUACGAUGUUUUGGUUGCCGACACUCACCAUAUCCAUUCGCUUUAAUGCCUUUCAUACAGGAUUAUUUUCUUCGCUCUACAAGUGUUAUUCAUUUAACCUUGACAAGUUUUAGAAGCAAUCAUCUAAAAUCUGAUUGCUUAUACGAUGCUGCAGUAGUGAUCAAUGGUCUUGUUUUAAUAAGAACUCAGCAAAUGAUGCCUGUUAAAAAUACCAUUUUGUUUAAUAGAUGCUUCCUACUGCAAUACAUUCCUCCUGGGGCAUGUUCAUUGAGCUUUUAUCUUUGUUCAUUUAAUCAACUUAUGACCAAGAGUCGUGCAGAUGCUGGUCAAGAUUAUGUAUACAAAGACAAUUCGCCACUUUAUGUGUUGGCAGAUGAUAGCAAAGAAUUGUGUGUGAAUGUAGAAGAUAACUUUGAAGGAUUCAUAUUUCGUGUAGUACGACAUCGUAUUGCUUUACUCCCAGAAGAGCAGUAUGCAUCGUUUUUUAUGUUACUUACUGCUCGAUCCUUCCUUUUUUCCACAUGGAUUGGUUCACUUCUGGAUGUUUUCAAUCGGAAAUAUUUUGUUCAUUUAUUACUCUCAGUUCUUCUCCCUAAUUACGAUCUUAUGAUGUCUUUCAUUGGAGUCAUUGUCAAAGAACAAGUUCAGCAUGAAACCGAAGCAACACUUUUUCGAUGCGAUUCAUUCUGCACUUGUUGCAUUUCAACAGCUUUGCGAAUGACUGGCAAAGAUUUUGUAGAAGAACAGCUGGCAAACUUGCAAAACGAAGUUUCAGUAAAAGAAGAUUCGAAAAUUAUAAAUGCCUUGAAAAGUUUAUCAGAGCACCUGCCUCUUCUUUUUCGUGCAGUUUUGUCACAGAGCAUAAAAGUAGUCAGAGCACACUUUGAUGAUUCUGAGAGAAUUGCUCGUCGAGUUGCUAGCGUCUUCUUCAUUUUACGUUUUGUAAACCCUAUAUUGACACUUGGGAAAAAUGGUUCUGAUAAAAAGUCUCGUCAUUUACCAAAAACAAUCCAGUCAUUAGCUAAUCAAGCAAGUUCACUAAAUUAUUGUCAGGAAAGAAGUCCAUCUACUGUUCGUUUGAUGGCUGAUCUGCUUGAUGCUAUUGCCUUAUCACCUCCACCAGUGGACACAUCAAACAAUUCUUUUACUGGAUAUAGCAAAAGCGACCAGUUAGCUCUGCUUGCAUUUCAAGUUGAGCAAGUGCUACGGCAGCAAAAUCCUAACACUUGUCCUAUCCCGGAAGCUUAUGCAGUUAUGAGUUUACUAAAUAACCGUGCUAAGAAAUACCUCUCUCACUAA